AUGGCGGACAAGAACAAAAUGACGACGACCCCUAUUCCCGACUCCUCCUUCUCGGGGGGUUCGUCUUCUGAAGACAACCACCCCUCCUCACGCCUCAAACUCACCAGCACUACGCACCCCCCGACCGUCCGACCGGAUAUCGUGCUCCCCUCCAAAACCUACGGUUUCCCCCCGGAAGCGUUCGACUGGGCGAACCUCCCCGACGCGGAGACAAACUUCUUGCCGGCGGAGCAUGUAGAAGCGUUUAUACAAGCCCUGAGCGCGCCAGACUUUGUGGAUGAGAAAGGGGAGGGGCAGAGUGUCAGGUUGAAUAGUCCGGGGUUGUUGAGCAGGAGUGGGAGUAAUUUGGAGUUUUUUGAUGAGAAUGAAUCGCACGAGUAUGGUGGUGGGGGAGGGCAGGAGAUGGGGACGGGGACGUUUAUCACGGCGAGGAAUGAUUGGGCGCCGGUUAAUGAGCGGGUUGUGAGUAGGGAGGAGACGAAGAAGAAGAAGAAGAGGUUUUUGAGGGGGGAUAGGGAUAUCAGGGCGUCUACUAAAUGUGUUGAUUAUUAUAUAGUUUUGUCGUUGUGUUUGUUUUUUGGGGGGAGGAGUAAGGAUGAGACUAGGGAGGGGCACUUGUAUCAGUUGUUGAAGUGGCCUUUUUUGUUGAUUGUGGGGACGUGGUUGUUGGGGCUGUCGGUUGCGUAUCUGGCGACGAGGUCGUAUAUUUAUUUGUAUGAGCAGUUUGUUGCGUGGAGGGGGAAGAGGGAGAAGUUGAGGCGGGCGAUGAGGGCGACGGGGAAUUACAAGCAGUGGGUGGCGGCGGCGAGGAAGAUGGAUGACUACUUUGGGGUGGCGGAGCAGUGGAAGGAGCAGGAUGAGUUUGCCUAUUAUGAUGCGAAGACGGUGAAGAGGGUGUGGGAGGAGAUGAGGAGGUCGAGGGAGAAGGCCGAGAGGGCGACAGAUGGGGGGGAUGAGAAACGGGGGAGGGAGGCGGUGGAGGAGUUGAAGCAGUUGAUGGGGGCUUGUGUCAAGAAUAAUUUUGUGGGGGUGGAGAAUCCGAGGUUGUAUAGUCAGACGUAUUAUGGGACGAAGAAUUUGGUGCAGAAUUUUGUGGAUGAGGUGGAGAGGAGUAUGAAGUUUUUGUUAAAUACGGAGUUGAUGAGUAAGGAGGAGAAGAGGGGGUUGUUUAAGGGGAUUAGUGCGAACUAUGGAAGGACGGCGUUGUGUUUGAGCGGUGGGGCGACGUUUGCGUAUCAUCAUUUCGGGGUGGUGAAGGCGUUGUUGGAGGAGGACAAGUUGCCGGAUAUCAUCACGGGGACGUCGGGUGGUGCGUUGGUUGCUGCAUUGGUGGCGACUAGGACGAAUGAGGAGCUGAAGCAGCUGCUUGUGCCGGCGUUGGCGCACAAAAUCACGGCUUGUAGGGAGCCGAUCACGGUUUGGUUCAAGAGGUGGUGGAAGACGGGGGCCAGGUUUGAUAGUGUCGACUGGGCUCAGCAGUGCUCUUGGUGGUCGAGGGGGUCGAUGACGUUCAAGGAGGCGUAUGAACGAACGGGCAGGGUGUUGAAUGUGAGCUGCGUGCCGGCUGAUCCUCACAGUCCGACGAUCCUGUGCAACUACCUGACCAGUCCGGACUGUGUAAUCUGGAGUGCCGUGAUUGCAUCAGCAGCGGUCCCGGGUAUUCUGAACCCAGUGGUGCUGAUGAUGAAGACGAGAGAGGGCAAGCUAGUGCCGUACUCUUUUGGCCACAAGUGGAAGGAUGGCAGUUUGAGAACGGACAUCCCAAUCAAGGCGCUUAAUCUUCACUUCAACGUCAACUUUACCAUUGUCAGCCAGGUUAACCCCCACAUCAACCUGUUCUUCUUCUCGUCGAGAGGUUCGGUUGGCCAGCCCGUGACGCAUCGUAGGGGACGGGGCUGGAGAGGAGGGUACCUUGGCUCGGCCGUGGAGCAGUAUAUCAAGCUGGACCUGACAAAAUGGCUCAGGGUGUUGAGGCAGUUGGAGUUGCUACCGCGGCCGUUGGGACAGGACUGGUCGAUGCUGUGGUUGCAGACCUUUGGGGGAACAGUCACCAUCUGGCCCAACGCCAAGGUCACGGAUUUCUUUGGCAUCUUGAGCGAUCCUGACGAGGCCAAGCUAGCGCGCAUGAUCCACGAAGGGCAGCAGAGCGCUUUUCCCAAGAUCAAGUUUGUUGCCAACCGUUUGAGAGUGGAGAGGCUGGUGGAGCGAGGCAGGAGGGAGAACAGGCCUGGGUUUGAUGCCUCUGUUGCCAAUGACGAAGGCAAGACUGUGCCGGAGAGGCGGGGCAGUGUUGAUAGUUUGUUGAGUGAUGAUGAUUUGAACCGGCUGCUUGAUCGCCAGAAGCAGAGGCGGCGCAAUGACGACGGCAAUCUCACGGCGACGGAGGAUGAGACUACGGAUGUGGAUGGGGGGUUGACUGAUGGGGAGACAAUGCCGGGUGGGGGGCAGAGAAACAUGAACAUUGAUGGGGGUGAUACGGAGGAGGAUUUCAAGUCGGGACGUCGGGCGGCGGGGAAGUUGUUACUUUAG